CUGUGGAAAGAGCCUCGUCACCAUGGGUGCCACAGAACUUCGACCCAUUGUUAUGAGUGGACCGUCUGGGAAUGGGAAAAGCACACUGUUAGAGAAGUUGUGUACCCUGGUUGCUUUGCUUUUAGUGUUUCUCGUAAGUAAUUUGUGAUUUCCCCACCCGGUCAUCUUUGCACCACACCCUCUCAAGUAGCUUGAUAAUCAAUAAAAUACUGUAUGUGUGAGCACAUUCUCUAGAUAUCUCAGCUUGAUAAUCAAUAAAAUACUACAUUUGUGUGCACACACAUAAGAUCCCCUAGCUUGAUAAACAAUACAAUAGUGCAUGUGUGUACAUAUACUCUAGAUAUCUCAGCUUGAUAAUUAUAUAUAUAAAAAAAAAAAACUGCACCUGUGUAAAGACACACAAUAUAUUUCAGCUUGAUAAUCAAUAAAAUAUAUUUGCCUAAGCAUGCACUAGAUAUCUCAGCUUGAUAAACAAUUAGAUACUGCGUUUGUGAACGCAUACAUUGGAUCACUGGUUUGUUUCUAAUCAAACACUAUAUGACCAAUCACUUCUAUUGUUUGAAAAUCUAACAGAACUGAAUUAUUAUCUUGUUAUGACUAUGACAAUUAAUUGAUCAAGACUUUGUUCACUGUCCUGUCUUAUUAAGACUUAGUUCAUUGCCCUGUCUUAUCAAGACUUAAAUCAUUGCCCUGUCUUAUUAAGACUUAGUUCAUUGCCCUGUCUUAUUAAGACUUAGUUCAUUGCAGUGUCUUAUUAAGACUUAUUUCAUUGCUCUGUCUUAUUAAGACUUUGUUCACUGUCCUGUCUUAUUAAGACUUAGUUCACUGCCCUGUCUUAUUAAGACUUAGUUCAUUGCCCUGUCUUAUUAAGACUUUGUUCACUGUCCUGUCUUAUUAAGACUUUGUUCAUUGCCCUGUCUUAUUAAGACUUAGUUCAUUGCCCUGUCUUAUUAAGACUUAGUUCAUUGCCCUGUCUUAUUAAGACUUAGUUCAUUGCCCUGUCUUAUUAAGACUUUGUUCACUGUCCUGUCUUAUUAAGACUUAGUUCACUGCCCUGUCUUAUUAAGACUUAGUUCAUUGCCCUGUCUUAUUAAGACUUUGUUCACUGUCCUGUCUUAUUAAGACUUUGUUCACUGCCCUGUCUUAUUAAGACUUAGUUCAUUCCCCUGUCUUAUUAAGACUUAGUUCAUUGCCCUGUCUUAUUAAGACUUAGUUCAUUGCCCUGUCUUAUUAAGACUUUGUUCACUGUCCUGUCUUAUUAAGACUUAGUUCACUGCCCUGUCUUAUUAAGACUUAGUUCAUUCCCCUGUCUUAUUAAGACUUAGUUCAUUGCCCUGUCUUAUUAAGACUUUGUUCACUAUCCUGUCUUAUUAAGACUUUGUUCACUGCCCUGUCUUAUUAAGACUUUGUUCACUGUCCUGUCUUAUUAAAGCUUAGUUCACUGUCCUGUCUUAUUAAGACUUAGUUCACUGUCCUGUCUUAUUAAGACUUAGUUCAAUGCCCUGUCUUAUUAAGACUUAGUUCAUUGCCCUGUCUUAUUAAGACUUAGUUCAUUGCCCUGUCUUAUUAAGACUUAGUUCAUUGCCCUGUCUUAUUAAGACUUAGUUCAUUGCCCUGUCUUAUUAAGACUUUUUUCACUGUCCUGUCUUACUAAGACUUUGUUCACUGCCCUGUCUUAUUAAGACUUUGUUCAUUGCCCUGUCUUAUUAAGACUUAGUUCAUUGCCCUGUCUUAUUAAGACUUAGUUCAUUGCCCUGUCUUAUUAAGACUUAGUUCAUUGCCCUGUCUUAUUAAGACUUAGUUCAUUGCCCUGUCUUAUUAAGACUUUUUUCACUGUCCUGUCUUAUUAAGACUUAGUUCAUUGCCCUGUCUUACGCUUUGCAGAUACAACAAGAAAACCAAGGCAUGGGGAGAAAGAUGGUGCAGGUAAGUGGUUGUUUUGUGUCAAAUACCCUGCAAAAGAUGGUAUAGUAUAGUGUUUGUUUUAAGAUAUACCUUACUAAAGGUGGUGUAGUAUAUUGGUUGUUUUAAGAUAUACCUUACUAAAGAUGGUGUAGUAUAGUGUUUGUUUUAAGAUAUACCUUACUAAAGAUGGUGUAGUAUAUUGGUUAUUUUAAGAUAUACCUUACCAAAGAUGGUGUAGUAUAGUGGUUGUUUUAAGAUAUUCCUUACUAAAGAUGGUGUAGUAUAGUGUUUGUUUUAAGAUAUUCCUUACUAAAGAUGGUGUAGUAUAGUGGUUGUUUUUAGAUAUACCUUACUAAAGAUGGUGUAGUAUAGUGGUUGUUUUUAGAUAUACCUUACUAAAGAUGAUGUAGUAUAGUGGUUGUUUUAAGAUAUAACUUACUAAAGAUGAUGUAGUAUAGUGGUUGUUUUAAGAUAUACCUUACCAAAGAUGGUGUAUUAUAGUGUUUGUUUUAAGAUAUACCUUACCAAAGAUGAUGUAGUAUAGUGUUUGUUUUAAGAUAUACCUUACUAAAGAUGGUGUAGUAUAGUGUUUGUUUUAAGAUAUACCUUACACAAGAUGGUGUAGUAUAGUGGUUGUUUUAAGAUAUACCUUACAAAAGAUGGUGUAGUAUAGUGUUUGUUUUAAGAUAUACCUUACAAAAGAUGGUGUAUUAUAGUGUUUGAUUGAAGAUAUACCUUACAAAAGAUGGUGUAGUAUAGUGUUUGUAAAGAUUGUCACUCAAGGAUAGGACUGCACAGCCACUCGAGAAAAUGCAACCCAACGGUGAUGCACCAUCGUCUCACGAGACGGAAGGAUGCCGAUUAUUAUAGUAUAGUGGUUGUUUUAAGAUAUACCUUACAAAAGAUGGUACAUUUUAGUAGUUGUGUGAAAUACCUUAAAAAGGUUAUCAGCAUUCAACACUAUCCUACCACAACUUAUAGUUUAAAAGCUUCAUUCGUUAGAUUUAAAUUCAAAUAUUCAAGUGUGAAUACAGAGCUUUAUAACAAAUCCCCCACACUAUGUCAAGGAGAGCAGCCAAAUAUCAUUAACUAGAGAAACUAGUUUUGUGGCACCACAAUGUUGCAUUCACUCCCCUGUCCUGUAUUACAAAAAAAACAACAAAAGAACAAUUACAUAAAGAGCCUAAGCAACACCGUUUCAAUCAUAAAAUUUACAAAUGAUACCGCCAUGGUUGGCUUAGAAUGUAAAGGAGAAAGGUUAUAUGAAAAGUUUGAAGCUUUAUCAGUGGGUGCAAUGAAAGUAUUCUUGAGCUGCGAUGAAAGUAUUCUUCAGCUGAAUGUGUCGAAAAGGAGAGAAAUGGUUGUUGAUUUCUGAAGGGAGAAUCACCCAAUUUCAGAUCUCACACUAAAAAAUCACAAGUCGACACAUCUCAGUACCUAGUUGUCGCCAUUACUGACAUGGCAUGGACACAUCCGAAUUCUGUAUAAAAAAAAAAUUAUACCAAAGUCUAUUUUAAAAAAAAUUGUACUAGUUCAGCAUGAACAAAACAAGUUAUUAACUUAUUCUACAGGGCAACAAGCGGAAGCCUACCAAAUUUCAAUAUUACCUGCAGGUGUGUGAAUUUAUCCCCUGACAUCAAACACUGACUUCAAAGAAUAAUCAAUAGACACACAAACUAAACAGCCUUCACUUGAACUAUUUAAAUAAAAUUGUUGUAGUGAAAACUUACUUUUUUUUAGAUGAUACAUCCCACCCUCUUCAUCACAGAUGCAUAGAUCAGCUCAAUCAGGGGAAUUCUUUCAGUUAGGACAGAAAAAUAUCAAAGUCUUAUGUUUUCCCAGUCUGUUAGAAUUUACCAGUGUGCUCUCCCAGCGGUUACCAAAUCUAAAUGAUCACUAAUUAUGUCAUUAUUCUCACUAAGGGAGUUAAGUUUUAUGGUACAUAAUGACUUACUUUUCCCCCAGAGAAAUACUUUACAUGUCCUGUGUUUAAUUUGUUCCGAUUUUAAAAAUGUUGUCGUGGUUAAAAUACUUACUUAUUUAUGUGCUGAAAUUGAAUAUGUACAACACAUUUUCAGUUAUUUGGAUUAGUACAAGAAUUUUAUCUCUAAUCUAUUUUGUUUCAGCUUACCAUUUUGUCUCAGAGGAGCAGUUUAAGAAGUUAAUUGCUGAAAAUGGCUUCCUUGAAUAUGCUAAAUUUUCUGGAAAUUUCUAUGGAACAAGGGAAAAAAAAUUAGUCUUUAGAAAAACCUCACAUCUAAUUUUAUUUAAGUUUAAGAGCAUUCUAUUUAUAUCAGUCUAUUGAUCUUCAUUUCUUUGGUUAUCGUCACGGUUACCUUAAGCAUUUGGAACAUUUCAGUAAAACGUCGGUGAAGGAGAUUACAAAUUCUGGAAAACUCUGUGUCCUGCAUGUUGAAAUCAACGGAGUCAAAAAUAUAAAAAAAUCUGACCUCAAGCCAACACCAAGAUACAUCUUCAUUAGCCCACCAAGCUUGGAAGUUCUGGUAUGUCCUAAACAUUGGCAGGCGUUUAUUUUAUUUAGUCUUAACCCUCUUAUCUUACAGUGUAACACAAGGCAUUCAGUUGUUCAUCUGGGUUUAAUAAACUAUAAUAGUCUGAGGUUCUUUUAAAUUUUAAAAAUACAUUUUUUUAAACCACCCAAAACACACACACACACACACCCCACACACACACACCCCCCCCCCCCNCCCCCCCCCCCCCACACUCUCCGUAAAUCAUUGUUAAUAGGUCGUCUUUGGCGGCUCAUGGAUAAAAUAUUACUGAAAGGCUCUCUUAUAUAAUAAUAUUUGCUUGAAUUAUUAAAAUUUCAAAUUUUGAAAACUAAAUUUGCAUAUUGUUAUCUAAAAAAUUUUUUACUGAAACCAAAAAAAAAAACUCACCUUAUAUACCUAUCCAGUGAGACUGACUUUUACUCAAGGCCUACAUGUUAAACUUCAUUUGUCAGAAUUAAGGUAGGUGGAUUCUUAAAUGUAUAGGUUAUCAGUUUGUGUAAGCCGAGUUUCAAUGAUAUGAACAUCAACCUUUUUAUUACCCGCUCAUUUUAUUUAGGAAAAAAGACUGAGGGAUAAAAAGACAGAAACUGAAGAGAGUUUAAAUAAAAGACUGGCAGCAGUUAAAGAGGCUCAAGAAUAUGGUAAGUACAGCGCCAUUAAUCGAAUAGUGUGGAGGGGAGGGGGUGUUUGUCGAAUUACAUAUGAAUGAAAUCUCAUAUAAAUCACUUAGGUUUUAAACUGGUUUUUACCUAUUGUUAUUCCAUGCACAACAAAUGAGCAGUGAUUUCAGCUCUAUUCUUCAAUUUAAAUGUAACAGAGUCUUGCUCAUCAAAUUAGUCUAUUUCAUUUUUGCGAUCAAUUCCCAGUAGCACUACAGCCCGUAAAUGGCUUUGGCUUGCCUCUUGCCUUACUUUCACUCACACCUGAUGCUAAUUCCCAGUAGCACUACAGCCCGUGUAUGGCUUUGGCCUGCCUCUUGACUUACUUCCACUCACACCUGAUGCGUUUCUUUCCCAUGUUUGGAUUCCCAGCUGCUGCAGAUCUUUCUCCACAUCAUACCUCCAUCUAAGCCCGAGUCUGCCUUUCAGAAGUUUUCAACUGGGGUUUACUCGGUGCUAUGGGAUCAGCAUAUGCAAGAUACUGAAGGGGUGGGUUGUAGACAGUGCCUAUUGGUUGUAGACAGUACCUAUUGGUUGUAGACAGAGCCUAUUGGUUGUAGACAGUGCCUAUUGGUUGUAAGACAGUACCUAUUGGUUGUAUACAGUGCCUAUUGGCUGUAGACAGUGCCCAUUGGUUGUAGACAGUGCCUAUUGGUUGUAGACCGUGCCUAUUGGUUGUAGACAGUGCCUAUUGGUUGUAGACAGUGCCUAUUGGUUGUGGUAAGGUUCCCUAGCUUUUGUGGAUUCCUCUAUUUCCUACAAGGCAGUCGGUUGUGAUUUUGGUCCGCCUCAGGUAUUUUAUUUCCACGAUACCCGCCACAUCUGGUUGGUUUUCCCCUAUCAGUCACCUGGUGAGGCGCUCGAUGGAAGAUAGCUACGUCCACACGAUUUUUACUGUCUGCAGUAUUUGUUAUAAGAUAAUAAGAGAGAAAUUAAAUUUAUACUCAAUUUAGUAAGAACAGUAAUCUUUUAUUGUCAACAAAAAUAUGCCAUUGUAAUGGUUGGUACAUAGGUUGGAUGUUUAGAAAUUAUAUGACUAUACAAUGUGUCUUUUUUUUUCUUUCGUCUACAGCUCUCACAGGUGCCUAUGAUUUUAUCAUUGUGAAUGAUGACCAGGAACGAGCAUAUUCAGAACUUAAACGUAAAUUAGCUGAAGUAAGUGAAUCAGUCAAAGCUUUGGAAUUAGAAACAAUUUAUUCUUGCUGGAAACUUUACGUGUUGUAUUUAUCUAAAAGUAUUUUUUGUGUGUUUUUCUUCAUCUUUCCAAUGUUGCAUUCCUCAGUUGUGUGAGAGGUGAGGAAUUUUUCUGCCUCAUUUCUCAUCUUAUCUCUUAUACAAAAUUUGGUUUUCAUGUCACUAGAGAUCUCUGUGUUGAUUCCAUGUUGUAAAGUCUUUCCAGUCUUUUUUAUGUGAACUGUUUAAAGGGGGUUACUUCAUAAUCCAGGGUUUAUCUACUGGAGUGGUAGUCACUCUAGAGAGAAUUCAAUAAAUAGGUUUGGAACAUUUGUCUAAAAACCUUUCUUUUUUUUUUUCUCUUUCUUUUAGGAUCUCAACAUUGUUCAAGAGAACUUUAAGAAGAGAGGCUGGGCGGUCAGAGAAUAGGAGAUGAACAAAUAUAUUUUAACAUAAUGCUGUGAAUCUUUGUUUUUAUAAUUAAUACAAUGAUGCAUUCUAACAUUUAGUUUUAGAAUGUUUCUGAUCUGUCAUUUUAUUGGAAUAGUUGUUUUUCAGUCCAUAUUGUUUUAUAAAUCCGCUGUU